GAACGAGAAGACAUCACAUCCUCCUUACAUCUUGGACUUUUUCUCUUUGGUUAGAGAAUUAUGAACACCCAUCUGGUUAUGAAGCUCAUCUGGUUCCUCGGUGCCUUCCUUGUAUCCACAGCCAGUGGUUUUACUCCUGACGCCCUCAAAAACGCCAUGCUAAAGAAACUGAACCUAAAGGAGGUGCCCAGGCUGGUGAAGAGAGACAUUGACAAUCUGGUGGUCCCAAGACACAUCCAGAGCAAGUACAUCUCCAUGCUCCAAAAGCAUAAGGAGAGGACAAGGAGGGCUCUACCCAGCUUGGCUGGCAUCCUUAGGGGCAUCCCAGGCAAUGCAGAUAUCUCUGGCGACGUGCUAUACGCAGAUGUCAACAAGCAGACCUUAGCGUUCGGGAUGGUGUCCAGGAUACCCCAAAACAGUGAAGUGACUAUGGCGGAACUGAAACUCUUCAAGUUGCCCCCCACUGCCAAGGGGUUGCCUGACAGACGCAUCCAAAGACCGGUCAACAAUGCCAGGGUCAGUGUCUACUAUGUGGAGAUGAUGAAAGAUGGAAGCAACAAGACAUCACUGGUGGACUCCAGACUUGUGCCCAUUGUGGAAUCGGGCUGGAGGAGUUUUGACGUCACCCAUGCCGUGCACUACUGGAUGAGAAGCCAUGGGCAAUCCAACAUGCAUCUGGAAAUCAGGGUGGAUGGAGAGAGACAUGGGAAUUACGCUGCUGAGAUGGCAAAACAGGUCCAAUUCACUACCCAAAAUCCAUCUGACAAUGCGGUGGGCAAACCGGAGCUGGUUCUGUACACGCUCAACCUAGACGACCACGGUGCUCGUGGCGACUGCUCCGCUCCAGCCACCAAGAAAGACAACACCUGCUGCAGAGAAGAAUAUUUCAUCAACUUCCGGGAGCUCACGUGGACUCAGUACUGGAUCAUUGAGCCGGCGGGUUACAACGCCUACCACUGCACCGGAGGCUGCCGCCAGCCCCACCCUUCGACCGUAAAAUACAGCUAUGGGGAGAGGAUCUGCGCCGUAGUGGAAAGCUCCCCCUUGCCGGUCAUGUACUUAGUCAAGAAGGGCGACUACACGGAAAUAGAAGUGGCGGAGUUCCCUAAUAUGAUCGUGGAGAGGUGCGGUUGCACAGCGGACAAUAUCUCCAUCAUCUAGCGGCGCACGUCUCUUGCCGAUCCGCGCACAGUACUUAACGAUGUCGGAUGUAUGUCUACAUCCUGAACUUCCCCACGGCUGGCAAACUCUGCUGGAAAAAGUGACCAGACACAGGAACUCUACUGUCCCAGACGUAUGUUCACAGUCUUAGGAAUGUUAAUCGUGGCCGUGUAGAAGCACUUACCUGUACAUAGUUCCUGCAUAUUUAUCGUUGACGCUCAGAGAGAUCAAUGUGAUUUUUUUUUCAGUCUUGUAUGUUCA